UCCCCAAUUCCAUCACAGUGUACCUCCGCUCCCCCAAUCCUCCCCAACCAUGGCGGCCCCGACCCCGACCGAAUCCGUCCAAUGCUUCGGGCGCAAGAAGACAGCCGUUGCCGUCACUCACUGCAAGCGCGGCCGCGGCCUGAUUAAAAUCAACGGAGUUCCCAUCGAGCUCAUCCAGCCGGAAAUCCUCCGCUACAAGGCGUUUGAGCCCAUCCUCCUCCUCGGCCGCCACCGCUUCGCCGGCGUCGAUAUGCGCAUCCGCGUGAAAGGAGGCGGUCACACCUCCCAGAUCUACGCUAUCCGCCAGUCUAUUGCCAAGGCACUCGUCGCCUACUACCAGAAGUACGUCGAUGAGCAGUCUAAGAAGGAGAUCAAGGACAUUCUCGGCAGGUACGAUCGUACCUUGCUGGUGGCUGAUCCCCGUCGCUGCGAGCCGAAGAAGUUUGGAGGUCGCGGUGCUCGUGCGAGGUUCCAGAAAUCCUACCGUUAAAAUGUUUGCGUUUUUUAUUGUUAUAAUCGAAUUUUGGUUGAAUUGAAUUAAGAUACUACCUUGUUAUUUAUGUUUUGAAUGUUUGGAAUUUUGUUCCUGCUUCCACCUGAAGCUUUUUUUGUGAGAAACGCCUUUAAUUCAUCUAUUAAUAGUUUUUGA